AUGAAUAACUCAACUGAGAUUGUGUCAUUCAUACUGGCUGCAUAUCAUGAUAUUGGAGACAUUAAGUAUUUUUAUUUCAGCAUUGUAACUUUAUUGUAUUUUACAAUAAUCUUUGCAAAUGUGCUCCUUAUUGCAGUGAUCUUCGUAGACAGGAGCCUGCAUGAACCCUUGUAUCUCUUUCUGUCCAAUUUGUCUGUAAAUGAGUUGUACGGAAGCACUGCCUUGUUCCCCUCACUGUUGGUGCAUAUAGUUUCUGACACCCAUGAAGUUUCCAAGGCUUACUGUGCUGUACAGAUUUUUUGUUUAUAUACCUAUGGAUCCGUUGAAUAUUGCAAUCUCGCAAUCAUGUCAUUUGACAGGUAUGUGUCCAUCUGUUAUCCUCUGCAAUAUAACAACAUUAUGACCCACACUAGAGUAUACUUGUUAAUUGUCGUUAGUUGGCUGUAUUCUUUUAUUAAAUUCACCAUUACGCUCUCUUUAAGUUUGAGUUUACAGCUGUGUGGGAAUGUAAUACACAAGGUGUACUGUGACAAUUACCUGUUAGUCAAGCUUUCCUGUUCAGACACCACAGUGAAUAACAUAUAUGGGCUCUAUGGUACGAUGCUAUCAGUAGCUGUGCCGUUGAUCCCAAUUUCAUAUUCAUAUGCGAAAAUUCUAAACAUUUGCUUAAAGUCCUCCAAAGAAACCCAACAGAAAGCUUUGCACACCUGCACUCCUCACUUGGCGUCAUUACUCAACUUUUCGGUUGGCUGUAUGUUUGAAAUUGUGCAGAGCAGAUUUAAUAUGGCACAUGUUCCAUCUGUGGUUCGCACAAUUUUAUCUGUCUAUUUUUUGAUGUGUACUCCACUGUUUAAUCCAAUUGUGUAUGGUGUUAGGAUGACCAAAAUAAGAAAGGCAUGCAAAAAAAUUCUCUACCCUCAAAGAUUCUCUAAACUUUUCUCAGUUUGA